CGUGCCGGGAAGCACAGGGAGGUGCCAGCCCCGCUCCUGGCACCUCGCUCGCCCAGCGCCGACCGCGCGCGCAACCGGACACGCCGCUCCAUCCCUCUUCGCAGCACGACCUGCUGGGCUGCGUGCCCCAUCCUGAGCGAGCGCCGCCCUUGGCCGAGGCUUCCUCGCCAUCCCUGCCGUGGGACAUGGCUGCCCGCAGAGUAGCGAUCAUCGGGGCCGGCGCCUCUGGCCUGUGUGCCGUGAAAAGCUGCCUGGACGAGGGGCUGGCACCCACCUGCUUCGAGAGGAGCGGGGAUAUCGGUGGGCUCUGGCGAUUCGAGGAGCACCCCGAUGAGGGCCGCGCCAGCAUCUACAAGUCCGUCAUCAUCAACACCUCCAAGGAGAUGAUGUGCUUCAGCGACUUCCCCAUCCCCGACGACUUCCCCAACUACAUGCACAACUCCAAGAUCAUGGAGUACUUCCGCAUGUACGCCCAGCACUUCGACCUGCUCCGAUACAUCCGCUUCAGGACCAGCGUGUGCCGCGUGGCAAAGCGCCCCGACUUUGCCGUCACCGGCCAGUGGGACGUGGUCACCGAGAGCGGUGGGGAGCAGGAGUCGGCCGUCUUCGACGCUGUGCUGGUGUGCACCGGGCACCACACCAACGCGCACCUCCCGCUGCACACCUUCCCAGGGCUAGAAAAGUUCAAGGGCUGGUACCUGCACAGCCGGGAGUACAAGACCCCGCAGGCCUUCUCAGAGAAGUGUGUCAUCGUGGUCGGCACCGGGAAUUCAGGCAUCGACAUUGCUGUGGAGCUGGGCCACACAGCAAAGCAGGUCUUCCUCAGCACCAGGCGCGGGGCCUGGGUGCUGCACCGCCUCGCCGAAAGCGGCUACCCCUUCGACUUCUCCUACCUCACCCGCUUCAUCCAGCUCCUCCAGAGCCUCGUUCCCCUCUCUGUUGGGAGCUUCAUCCUGGAGAGGAAGAUAAAUGCCCGGUUCGACCACGCGCUCUACGGCCUGCAGCCCCAGCACCGGUAA